AUGAGUAAAAUUCUUCAUAGAGAUUUGAAAAAGGACCCUUUGUUGGUAAGUAAAGGUGAAGGUUCUUAUUUCUACUUACCAGAUUCUACCAAAAUUUUGGAUGCUGCAGGAGGGGCAGCUGUUACUAGUGUUGGGCAUAGUAACAAAGAAGUUACUGACAAAAUUUGUGAUCUGAUCCAAAACAUUCAAUUCGUCCAUUCAUCUUUAUUCACCACCGAUUCAGCUGAAAAAUUGGCUUCGACUAUUUUGGAUGAUCCAAAAUAUCAAAGCUUAGGGUUUUCUAAAGUAGCCUUCUAUAAUUCAGGGAGUGAAGCUAAUGAAACUGCAUUGAAAUUGGCAAGACAAGCUUUUUAUGAAAAAGGAGCACUUCAAAGAACAAAAGUCAUUUCCAGAGAUUUAUCUUACCAUGGUAACACCUUUGGUGCUAUGUCUUUGAGUGGUCAUAAGAUCAGAAAUAAAAAAUUCAUUGAUAUGCAAGAUCCUAAGACUUUCCUUAAAGUAUGUCCUCCAUUCUACAGAAAUUUUCAUAUACUGGGAGAAACUGAAGAGCAAUUUUGUGACAGAUUGAUCAAAGAAUUAGACGAUAAGUUUCAAGAAGCUGGUCCAGAGAAUGUCAUUUGUUUCUUUGCCGAAACAAUGAUCGGGGGAACUUUAGGAUGUGUUAUGCCUCCUAAAAACUACUUCGAGAGAGCCAAAGAAAUUUGUGAAAAAUAUGGUGCACUUUUGAUUUAUGAUGAAAUCAUGUGUGGUUCAGGAAGAUUAGGAAGCUUUUUUGCAUGGGAACAAUUAACUGAUGAGGAUAAUUGGGACAAAGUAUCUCCUCACAUUUCCACUUUUGGUAAAGCAAUUGGUAGUGGAUAUAUGCCUUUGUCUGGGGUUGUAGUUCACAAAAAAGUGGUUGACAUCUUAAAAGAGGGUAGUGGUCUUUCUUUGAGUCGUCAUACUUACCAAAGUCAUCCUGUGGCAUGUGCUGCUGGUUUGGCUGUUCAAGAGUAUAUCAGAUCCAAUAAUUUACUUGCUAACAUAAGAAAUUUAGGACCCAAAUUGGGUGACUUAUUGAAACAAGAGCUUUUGGGCCUUGAAGUUGUGGCCGACGUUAGAGGUCAUGGGUUCUUCUGGUGUGUGGAAUUCUUGAAGAGUAAAGAACCUAUGGAAGCAUUUGACCCUUCAGUUGAAUUUAGUGAAAUAGUAGGUGAUACUUGUUUAGCUAACGGCUUGACAGUCAUACCUUGUCAUGGUUGUGUUGAUGGAUUCUUAGGAGAUCACAUUUUGAUCAGUCCAAGUUUCGAUAUCACUGAAGAAAUUGUUACAGAAAUCGUAACUAUUCUCAAAAAAUCUGUUUUGGAGGCAAUGACAAAGAUUUAG